UUUCUGAUGUCCUCCCCCUUCUAUGCCUCUUGUAAGUGGCAGUCUUGGGAACGUCGGCGAGCGCUCAACAUGGCGGGUGUUGAGCAAGAGGCCAUCCCCGUGGAGGAGAAACACCUGAACGGAGAGCUGCUUUUGGAUCCCGAGGAAAGAGAAAGUGCCGGUGGGGCUGUUGCCGAUGAAAACGCCAAGAAAAAACGCAAGAAGAAAAAGAAAAGCAAAGGAGGCGCAGUCGUAGGACAAGAGACUGAAAGAGAUUUAGAAGCAACACUUGAUGAAGUAGCAAACCAACUAGAUAAACAAACACUGGAAGAAAAGGAAAAAGAUGAUGAUGAUGAAGAUGGUGAAGGAGAUGGUGACAGUGCAGCAGGAAAGAAAAAGAAGAAAAAGAAGAAAAAGAAAGGACCAAAACUGCAGACAGAUCCACCAUCUAUUCCAAUAUGUGACUUGUUUCCCAGUGGGAUAUUUCCAAAAGGCGAGGAAUGCGAGUAUCCAGCAACGCAAGAUGGGAGAACUGCUGCUUGGAGGACUACAAGUGAUGAAAAGAGAGCACUAGAUCAAGCAAGUGAAGAGAUCUGGAAUGAUUUCAGAGAGGCUGCUGAAGCCCAUAGACAAGUGAGGAAAUACGUUAUGAGCUGGAUCAAACCUGGAAUGACAAUGAUCGAAAUUUGUGAAAAAUUAGAAGAUUGUUCACGGAAAUUGAUACGAGAAAAUGGCUUAAAUGCUGGGCUUGCAUUUCCCACGGGGUGUUCUCUGAAUAAUUGUGCAGCCCACUAUACCCCCAAUGCUGGAGAUCCAACUGUAUUGCAGUAUGAUGACAUCUGCAAGAUAGAUUUUGGAACACAUAUUAAUGGUCGUAUCAUUGACUGUGCUUUUACUGUCACAUUCAAUCCAAAAUAUGACAGGCUCUUACAAGCUGUAAAAGAUGCAACUAAUACUGGAAUAAAGUGUGCUGGGAUAGAUGUUCGCCUUUGUGAUGUUGGUGAGGCUAUCCAGGAAGUCAUGGAAUCUUAUGAAGUUGAAAUUGACGGCAAAACCUAUCAAGUGAAACCUAUUCGGAAUCUGAAUGGACACUCUAUUGGGCCAUAUAGGAUACACGCAGGCAAAACUGUUCCCAUUGUGAAAGGAGGAGAAGCAACAAGAAUGGAAGAGGGAGAAGUUUAUGCUAUAGAAACCUUUGGUAGCACAGGAAAGGGGGUUGUUCACGAUGAUAUGGAAUGUUCUCAUUAUAUGAAGAACUUUGAUGUUGGACAUGUGCCAAUAAGGCUUCCAAGAGCAAAACACUUGCUGAAUGUUAUCAAUGAAAAUUUUGGUACUCUUGCCUUUUGCCGUAGAUGGUUAGAUCGUCUGGGAGAAAGUAAAUACCUAAUGGCACUGAAGAAUCUUUGUGACUUGGGUAUUGUGGACCCAUAUCCUCCUCUAUGUGAUAUUAAAGGCUCAUACACAGCACAGUUUGAGCACACCAUAUUAUUGCGUCCAAUGUGCAAAGAAGUUGUCAGCAGAGGAGAUGACUAUUGAAAUGUCAAAGCCAUUACCUCACUUAUGUACUCUCUUGGAACAUGUUAUAACAGAAUAAAUUUGCAGUCUGUUUUAACAGUCAACUCAAUGUGAUAACUUUCCAUGUUCGGAAGAAAAGAAUUUAAUCAAAGGCAAGUUCUCUAAUGUAACUAAGAAAAAAAACAGCUACUGGGGCUUCUAGAAUAUUUCAGAUUACUUCUAUAUUUUUCUUUUGUGAGAAAUAUGCUACAAAGUGUUAUUUUUAGUUUGGAAUGAGUUAUACAUGUUGUUUGAAAUAAUUCUGAAAAAAUGCUUUUCGGGUAUUUAUAUUACCAUAUUCUUACUUGAAUGCUUUGAAUGAUCACAAAUGAUUUCUGCACCUAAGCUGUCUUUGCUGUUGCCUUUUAAACUGCCUGGAAUUUAUUAAUAAAUCAAUAAAUCAUAAAUUCAAAUAGUUUUUAAAAGUGUCACAAUCCAAGGCAGUAACACACUGGAAAGUCUCUCCCAUUAACCCACCUGCUGUUAAGAAAGUUUCCAGUAUAAGCACAGCAAGCAAAUACAAAUCAUGGUUUAGUUUUCAAUUACAUUGUGUACAUGUUUAUUUUGCUUCCUUAUUUUGCUUCGAAUUAAAUUACUGGGUUUUCUUUCUGAUAUGCUUUAUAUAAUGAGAGUGGGCUAGGACUGGUCAUUUUUCUUGCAAUGAAAUGCUGUACCUUUUUUAACCGUACAAGGGCUUUAAGAGAAAUAAAUGGUGAAUCAUGAUGGGCUGGCAUAGAAUUUGAGGGAAUUUUGCAGCUGCUUGACCUGGUUGCAAAAUUAAUUAAGCAGCACUGAAGGGGCAACAUAUGGUAAAUCCAAGGCUUAGACUUGGAAUUUUUUAAAAAACCAGUGUAAAUAUCUCUAUAGUAUUUUUAGAAAACUGCAGUGGUGUGCAAUAUAGAGAAUUGCAAUGGUGUAUCCAUGAUGUUACCUGGAAUCAAACUCAAAGGUCAUUUUAUUUUUUUGGGCACUGUAUUGCUUAUUAAAAUAGUACAGUGCUGCUUAUUGUAUUGCUUAUUAAAACCCUCUCAAAUUUCAAGUGUGGGAUCUAUUCAGUGAAUUUUGGAGGCUACCACUGAAAUAGGCUAGUAUGUUUAUUCUCUGCCAUUCCUGUAUGAUAAACACUAGCUAGUGUUGAUAUUCCUGUUCUAUAUCAGGCUAUUUAUAUUAACUACAGUGUGAGCUUCUAUAUUUUUUAAUUUAUUAGAAAUUUUUACUUAUAAAGGCUUGAUACAAGUAGUUCAUCUCCUAUGCAGUAUGGCUGAAGCGAAUCAAAAUCACACAGAAUCAUUCUAUUCUUAACAUAUAAAAAGUUUGAAGCAUAAUGCUUUUUGUUCUGUUCAAACCAGGAAUAUUAAAUCAACUUAUAAUGUUUGCAUAUAUGAUUAAUAGAACAUUUAAUAGUUGAUCCAAAGGUUAAAAUUGUUAAAUAUGUUGGUAAAGCUACGAUGUAGUAAUUGCAGGGCUUAUUAAAGUAUUGUAUGAACUAUU